UGGUCACAGUCCGGCCUCCCAAAGGCUGAUUCAGGCACUUGGAUAGCCACCUAAAUCCUUCCCGUCGGCCCCAAAAAACGUGUUUGCGGGUCGAAAUGCCGAAAUCGAAGCGAGACAAGAAAGUUUCCUUAACAAAAACCAGCAAGAAAGGUCUGCAAGUGAAACAGAACUUGAUAGAAGAGUUACGGAAAUGCGUGGACACCUACAAGCGCCUCUUCAUCUUCUCCGUCGCCAACAUGAGAAACAACAAACUCAAGGAUGUGCGCAACGCCUGGAAGCACAGCAGGAUAUUCUUUGGGAAAAACAAAGUGAUGAUGGUGGCGUUGGGACGGAGUCCGACGGAUGAAUACAAAGAUAACUUACACCAGAUUAGCAAGCAUCUACGGGGCGAGGUGGGCCUCCUCUUCACAAACCGCACCAAAGAAGAAGUCAUUGACUGGUUCUCCCGUUUCAAAGAGUCGGACUUUGCCCGAGCCGGAAACAAAGCCACGUUCACCGUCAGCUUGGACAAGGGGCCCCUGGAACACUUUCCCCACUCCAUGGAGCCUCAGUUGCGGCAGCUCGGACUCCCGACGGCACUGAAAAAAGGAGUGGUCACGCUGAUCGCCGAUCACGAAGUGUGCAAAGAAGGGGACGUCCUGACCCCCGAACAGGCUCGCAUCCUAAAACUCUUUGGCUACAUGAUGGCGGACUUCAAGGUGACGAUCCGGAGCGUGUGGCACGCCGAGACGGGAGAAUUUGAGCUGCUAGUGGAAGAUGAUGAAAGAGACGUGGAAGGGAUGGAGGAGGACAAAGACGACUUGGAUGAGGAGGAAGAGGGCGAUUAACUCGGAGAGAGAAGCAGAGGACUGUCAGAUCCCAAAACGGGUGACCUGCAAAACAGGCCAAUCUCCCCUUCUGUGUGAAUGCAGGACUGAGCUACUCACCGAAGGACUUUAUUUAUCAGAGGAGGAGAGGAUAGAUUUUUAUAAAUAUAUACAGAUGUAUCGGAAAUGCUUAUAAACUCUCUUGGUGUCUCACUGGUUAAGAACCACUUUGCAGGUAUCCAAACAGAGAGGGCACAUAGGGACAGUAGUACGCGGCGCAAACCUUGCGUACAAGAGUCCCUGGCCUUUUCAGCUUGAAAGAUAAGCGAUUUGAUUCCGGGACUCAGUUCCCCGACCAACUUGGGUUCGAGAGAUUGUCAAAAAGAAAAAUGUGACACCACUCUUUUCCAAAAUAAAGCCAUCUUGUUUGAGAAA